GGAGGAGACUCACUCAUGGCCUAUGAGACAGAGGAUCAUGAGACUCAAUACUGCUUUCCUGCCAUCAACUCAUCAUGUAUCAAGGGAAAACGCUCUAGACAUGAAUACAAUAUCAUGUAUGUGCUUGUAUCAUUGCUGUCAGCAUGGACUGUGUUUCUGAACCUGCUGGUGAUCAUCUCCAUCUCUCACUUCAAGAAGCUUCACACUCCAACCAACCUGAUUAUUCUCUCUCUGGCUGUGGCCGACCUGCUUACUGGACUUAUUGUGAUGCCUGUAGAUGCCAUAAAUUUGAUUGAGACAUGUUGGUACUUUGGAGACACUUUAUGUGCACUGUUUAUGGAAAUUAUGGGAGUGAUUAUCUCAGCAUCUCUCAGUAAUUUAGUUUUAAUUGCGAUUGAUCGUUAUGUAGCUGUGUGUCACCCUUUACUGUACCCACAGAAAAUAACCACAACUAAAGCCUUAAUGAGCAUCUGUCUUUGUUGGUUUUGCUCUUCAGCUUAUAUCACUGCUCUGUCAAGCAGCAAUGGACGUUUUGACACAUCACGCAAAACAGAUGCAUGUUAUGGAGAGUGUUAUUUCAUGUUAAGUUUUACAUGGAAAGUCACUGAUCUGUUUGUAUCCUUGCUGUUUCCUUGUACCCUGAUCAUAACUUUAUAUUUGAGGAUAUUUUAUGUUGUACAUCAGCAAGUGAAAGUUAUAAACUCUGUGAUGAAGGGUGGUAAAUGUUUAAUGGAAGGUUCAGUGAGGAGGAAAUCUGAGAGCAAAGCUGCUCUGACAUUAGGAAUCAUUGUGGCAAUUCAUAUUCUCUGCUGGUUACCUCUCUAUAUUUUUUCUCUUGCAGGGAAUACAGUAAUGUCCUUUGUAAUUAUGAAUUUUCUAACAUGGGUCUUCUAUAUUAACUCAGGCCUGAAUCCUCUUAUCUAUGCUUUAUUUUACCCUUGGUUUAGAAGGUCAUUUAAACACAUCCUAUCACUUAAGAUAUUUCAGUCAGCAUCAUCUUUGGUGGACAUUUUUACAAAUUAUCAUUCAUGAGUGCUGUAUUUCACAAUGUGUUUGUGUUUCAGCUUUCAGAAUGGUAAAGCACACUUUCAAGCUGCACCCUCUGAUAUAAUGCACCAUGAACAAUA